AAUGGAGUUUGUGUUCGUGCCUUUAUUGUGCUAAAAACUCGUUUUCUAUUUAAAUUAAAUGAAAAUUGUUGGUUUUAGUGUAUUUCUGGCUAUUUGAAAUUAACUGGUUUGAAAAGAUCGUGAGUGAAUUGCGGUGCAUAUAAAGCUUCCGUUUUUCCGACAGCAGUGCGUACGUUCGGAGAAUCUUGAAAACCGAAUCGUUCGGGCUUCCGCGUUAAUCGAGUGUGCGUUUCCGGAUGCGGCUGCGAUGCCCUGAACGGAGUCCUGCAUGACAAACGGACGGGGUGCCGGUAUGGCGGCCUUUAUGACGAGGAAGAAGAAGUACAAGUUUCAAGUGGAAAUCUGCCUGGAGGAGCUGCUCGAAGUGCCCUUAAUCACUGCCGUCCUUUUCGCCAAGUUGCGCCUGGUCGACGGUGGAAAUUUUCAAGACCACAGCAGCAGAGAGGAAGUUCGCGACCACAAGGUAAAAUGGGGCGCCAAGUUCACGUUUCCCUGCAAAAUGAUGGCGAAUGCGUCGACAGGCGUGAUGGAGCGAUGCGUGCUGCGCAUCUCGAUCCGAAAGGAAUCUGGCCGAUCGUUCACGAAGCUCGGCUUCGUCGAUCUCAAUCUGGCCGAGUACGCAGGCGCAGGCAUGACGCACCGCAAGGCGUUGCUCGAGGGCUACGACAUGCGGCGCAGACAGGACAACAGCAUGCUGCAGUUCUCGAUCAAGAUGAAUAUGCUGCAAGGCGACAUCCUUUUUAAAGUGCCAUCUUCUUCUUUAAAACACAAACAAAUAAUUGAAAAUACCUCAACAGAACCAGGUUCCGAGGAAUUUUCAGGAGGAUCUUUGACAGGUUCUACGGUUAGCGGCAGUUCAGGUUUCGGUAGUUUACCUAAAAAACGACCCCAACUUUUAACCUCGGACUUAGUUAUUGGACAAACCCUGACCGAAAACAACGUUCCCGUAACAAUAGCGACAGACUGUUUAGAUGUUGUUAAUCAUGUUCCUGAUAACGAAGAACCUGCGUUGGAACCAGGCCAUUCCAGAAAUUCAUCCAACACCAGCCAGCUGUCGAAAGCUUCCGGUUACAGCAGCAUACACUCGCAUAGCAGACAAUCCAGUUCCGGCGAUUCCGGACACAUCCGGGCACAACAAAGGUCCGUCCGGAUUAGCAACGUAUCAAAUCCAUCCAAGUUCACACGAACAAACACCUAUCCUAAACGCAUUACAAUUCCCAACACUAUUCCAUCCGUUCAGGACGAGGUAUUCUCUACGCCUCAGGGGAAUAUCAGUCCGCAAUUUGCCCCCUCCAAAAACGGCGGCGAUUUAAAUUCAAGUAAUUACCAUACCCCCAAGGCCCUCCACUCGCAGUUAAGCAAUCUAAGCUCUUCGAGCAACGAGCACUACGCCACGCCGGAAAGUUCCUUUAAUAACAAAUCGGAAUAUUUCUCGCCGAAUUUUAACGAACUGACAAAAUCUGCGUCCGCAAACGUAGUGAUUAGACAAACCAUGCAGCCGCCCGUCAAUCAUUUCCUGAGGAAAUCUGACAGCGCGGCUAUAGUGGGCGAGAAAAUAAAGAAAAAUUCGAAGAAAACUUUCGAAACGCAAAAAGACGUGCUGCGAUCGAAAAGCGAGUUCGAAAUUCCGCGUAUACACGAGCGACAAUCGACCGACAAACCGUUUUCCUUCUACUUUAAAUCUGACAGUUUGUUUUCCUUUCUCACUCCCAGACCCAAGCGGAGAGAGCUCUGCAACCAGUCCACUCCCACGAACGAGGGAACCUCGUUUAAAGUUCCAGGAUCUCCCAUUCCUAAACACAACCUAAACAGCUUGCCCGAAACACGAACCACCUCGUUAAACUCGCUACGUUCCGGACAAUCUGGGACCGAUGUUCAACCACUUGUCGUGCCACCUGUUCCCAGAAACCCCAGUUCAAGCAGCUUGGUGCUAUCGGAAACGGGUUCUUUGGACAGAGUUAAGCCGGCAUAUGAGAGAAGGAAAAAAAAUCAGGCCAAUGAAGAUGGCGCUGUAUCUGGAAGAGUCGAGACAACCAGAGUAAAUCCGGACGUUCUAAUUGAAGAAAUUCUGAAGAACACAAAUUUAGAACCCAACGAUGACACGGCAGAAACAUCUGGUUUAAAAUUGUUUAUAGCAAGUGACGGGACAGCGGCUUUGGGCAACCCGAGUGGUGUGCAAGUAUUCAAACAAGUUGUUAUGGACGAUAGGUAGCCCUAAUGGUAUUUUAGAAAAUAUAUAAUUGAUAAUGGAAUAUUGAUUGUUAUAGAAACCAAAAUGUUCUGUAGCUUUGUUUUAAAUUUAGCCUCCCCAAAAAUACUAUAAAACCAGCAUGUUUUAAUUUUAAAUAAUACCUGCAAUAAACUUGAAUUACAGAUUUUUGUAUGUAUCUUAUAAAUAUACUUUUUAUUUAUAUAGAAAGUACGAGUUUUUGCUACAGUAUAUUUUAUAUAUCAUUUAUAUAAAUUCGCGAAAUAAUAUUGAAAACCUUUACAUAGUGUUGCCAAUUUUUGUGAUAAAAUAAUUAGUGCAAAUACACAUCACAAAUAAUAAAGUGAUGUUAAUAUAAAAUAGUGUAUUUAUUGUAAAUUAUUUCUUUGUAUAAGAG